UUAAGCUUACAGAAUCCACCGAAAGAUGGAGAUAUUAUUUAAACAUCUGUCAAAGUCAAACUGUAAGAAAAAGUAAAUGUGUGAUUUAGGAGAAAUUAAGGAGAGUUUAAUAACUCUCGAUUAUCCAGGGAUAAAUUCGAUGAAAAUUGAAAAAGAUAUCCUUAAUAUAAUAGGCCCAGAGAAUCGAAAAACAUUUUUAAAAUGGGUUUUUGUCAAAUUGGAUUCUCAAGUUUUUAUUAAUCUUGACGAAGAAAAUAUUAUUAAAGAAUUACCUGAAUUAAUUGAAAACCAUGGAUUUUGUCCAGAUGAAGAAACAACAAAAUUUAUCGAUGGUAGUCUCGAUGUUGAAUCACAGUUUAAAAUCAUUGAAAGAAUUUUAAAUUUUCUUAUAUUGUGUAAAUCCUCGAACCAGGAUACCACACCACGUCCGCAUAAAGAUUUAAAUUCGAUAUUAAAACAAAUAGAUCAAGUUUUCCCAAACCUUCAAUAUGUUACGGAAGAUUUUACGGAAUUGGGGGAAUCUCUUAAAAAAGAAAAUGCGAUUUUAUUGAAGGAGUUGGAAGAAUUAGAAAACACCAAACUGAUUGAUUUAGCGUUAGAAGGAAUUAAAGAACCAAAUCUGGAUGAAUUACAAAAAAAAAUGGAUCAAUUUCAAAUUAAAUGCGCUUCGAUUACAGAUAAACCGAAAAAGGAAAUUUUUGAAAAUCAAUCCGUUAAGGUUUUCCUUAAAUAAUUACUUAUCAUUUUUUUAUAAUUAUUUAUAUUUUUCUAUAUCAUUUUAUGUAAAAUUUUUUAUUAAGAGUAGCGCCCUCUAUUAUACGGUGGUCCAACUACAUUCGGUUUAUUUAUAUAACAAAUAUUACUGUUUCUAAAAAAGAAAUUAAAGAUAAUAAAUUAUUACUAUUA